AAAAAACAAAUAAAAAAUCAUAUAUACAUGUCCUGGGGGAGGCGACUAGAAUCGGAUUAGGAGGAGAAGGAAGAAGACGACGAAGAACGCCAUGGACGCCUACAAGCUUUGGGUGCGGACGAACCGGGAGUUCGUCCGCUCCCUCGAAUCCCUAGCCAACGGCAUCACUUGGCUCCUCCCCGAGCGCUUCUCCAACUCCGAGAUCGGCCCCGAAGCAGUUUAUGCGGUUUUGGGCAUAGUCGGAACCGUGAACCAGCAUAUAAUUGACACGGCGCCGCCUCCCGGGCGGGGGUUUCCGGUGAAGCCCGAGAAGUCGGGUUUUCCGUGGUCUUUGUUCGUGUCGAUUCUCAAAGAUGCGGAGACCGUGGUUGAAGUUGGUGCUCAGCAUUUGUUCGGGGAGAAGGGGAAGUGGAACUUCCUCGCCGUCGCCGAGGGAGUGAAGGCACUGGUGAGAUUAGCUGCUUUCCGCGAUAGCGGGUACAGGAUGCUUCUACAAGGAGGGGAGGUGGUGAAUGAGGAGAAGAUAUUAGAUGUUCCCGAAGACUAUGGUGGUGGUAUGAGGGCUAAUGGAUGGCCUGGUGGCUAUGUGAGGAAUGGUCAUCAAAAUGGGUAUUCAAAAAAUCAUAAUGGGAUUGUGCCGAAGAAUCUGGAGGGGAGAGCUAUGUCUGCACUGAGCAGGUUUGGCGAGAAUGCUAAAAUGGCGUUGGACCCGAUGUUGUUGAAUAGACUUCGACAUCCUUUUGAGCCUCCUGCUUUGGUGGUAGAAAAACCUACGCUGUCAAGUAUUUGGUCAGAGAAAGGGCUUUCGGGCCGUUUAUUUUUUGUUGGGGAGAUUCUCUCUAUCUUGAGACCGCUUAUAUAUGUGAUGUUCAUAAGAAAAUACGGGAUUAGAUCGUGGAAACCUUGGUUAGUGUCACUGGCUGUAGAUCUCAGUAGUAUGAGCAUCCUAUUGCAUGCUGCUAGUCGACCUCACAGAGUCGGAGUGAAAUUUUAUCAGCUCUCUACCUCUGAAAAAGAUGAGUUAAAAAGAAGAAAGCUGAUAUGGGCGCUUUAUAUCAUGAGAGACCCAUUCUUCACCAAGUAUACCAAGCAUCAUCUUGAAAAGGCUGAUAGAUAUUUGAGCCCAGUUCCAUUAUUUGGCUUUCUCACUGCUAAGGUUGUAGAGCUAAUAGUUGGAGCUCAGACACGCUACACGUAUACAUCAGGUUCAUAAGGAUAAGCAAACAAUUACUGAGGCCAUUUUUCUCCUUGGUGGCCAUUAUGGAUUUGCUUCUCUUCAUAAUCUGGUAAAUGAACCGAGCUUCUCCAGUUAUGAAACACAAAUCCUUGUAUAGAUGUUUAGUUGGUAAUUAGGAUGAGGUAAUUUAAAAAGUGCGUUAUGACGUCUAUGGACUGCUAAACUAGGCCACCAAUCGUUAUUCCUUGAAUGGCAUCUGGAAUUUCAAUUAAACAUAUUAUUGAUGUAAUCAACUAACAUGUAAUAUCAUUAUCAAAUAUAUAGGAAACACCUUUGAAAGAUGCAUGGACAAAGUGAUUAUCUUUCAAUCGUUUAGCUGUACUCUAUCAAAUGAAGGAUGCAAUGUUGCUCAACCGUCUGUUGUCUUGGUUUGACGUGAGAAGAUUCACUACCUUUUUUUAUAGAGGAAGACAUAUCUUGGUUUACAAAUUUUUGGCAUAUUUUGGUUACUACUUGCUUUGUUAAUAGGAGUUUGCUCACACUUAUGUAAGAUGUCAGCAACUUUUUGCUCUAUAGUACUUAAUUUGUUGGCAGGUAAUAAAUUAUUUCUAAUA